ACCUGUAAACACUGACACAGAGCAGGCCUUGUACCAUGACACAGAGCAGUAGAGGAUAGAAAAGGCUGGAACAUAAUCAACUUGAGUCAACAUAGUCCAAUUUCAUCGACAUUCAUUCCACUGCGAACUCAAAACGUCCUGGAAAAGAAACAAACAAUCCCAUUUAUUUCUUGAGCAUCUGAGAUCUGAGGAACUCAAGUGUAUAAAUGUUCUGAUCAGCUAGCUGAGUGCUACUGUAAUAACGCCACUUCCUGCAGGACUGGAGCCCUCUGAACCACAGGCAUGGAGGAUGAAACGCAGGAAGACAUUUUGGGUCAAUUUAAAGAAAGGCGGCUCGGGGUAUGGGGUCUGUUGCAGCUGACGGUGGGGACAGGACUGGCAGUCUAUGCCAUGUGGGCAGGGAUUCUGAUGCCUGGGUUUCGCAGAGUGCCUCUGAAACUACAGGUGCCUUAUAUACCAGCCAGUAAACGACAAGUGGGCAAUGUUAUGACUCUGCUGAAGGGCCGCUCUGGAAGUCUUGCUGACUUGGGCUCAGGAGAUGGUAGGAUUGUCUUGGAAGCAAGCCGACAGGGUUUCUCUCCUGCUGUAGGCUAUGAAUUGAACCCAUGGCUCCUCUGGCUCGCAAGAUUUCAUGCGUGGAGAGCUGGCUAUUAUGGGAAAGUCUCUUACCAGAGGGAUGACCUGUGGAAGGUUAAUCUUUCGGGCUAUGAGAACAUCACAGUGUUUUUGGCUCCAAGUGUGCUCACACUUUUGCAAAAGAAGUUACUAGCUGAGCUCCCUGAAGAUGCCAUGAUUGUUGCUGGACGUUUUCCCUUCCCUGAUUGGACGCCAUGCAGGAUAGAAGGGGACAGUGUGGACAGAGCCUGGGCCUACCACGUACAAGCUCUCCGAAAACACCAUCUGUCAUCCAAGGACAGCAGUUCACCAGAGCAAACCAGCUGAUCCAGGCGUCAUGUGACCUUAUUUUUAAAACAAACGGGGACAUUCCAGUGCUAAUCUUUGUGAUUUUUUUUUUUUUUAAAGUAUGGUUUUACUUGAGUUUUGUUUCUGCAAAAGGAAUGUUGUAUACUAAUGUCCCUUUCACUAUUGCAUACUGUACGCACAUGCUUCUACCAGUACUGUAUUCAGUGUGUUUAGGAUGAUGCAGGAUGCCAUACACGCUUGUUGAUCUUCUGGUCAUGUGACUUGGGUGGUGGUGGUGGUGGUAUCUACAUCCACACUCAAUGGUCUGUUGAUUAUGUACUCCUAAAUUCUGCUAGUGCCUGCUUCCCUUUUAGCAGCGCCACACACUAAAAUGUCACUUCCUGUCAGUGUUUACUUUGUGCAAAUAGCAUGUGGCUAGCAUGUAUUAUAGUGGUCAGUAGCCACUGUUGAUUGGUGUACAGAGAGACUAACAAAUUGUGGAUAGUGUGAGAGGCUGUAGUCACUGAGCACCUGUAUAAAGAUGUACAUGAUAAAAUGUCCAGUGAAUGAAAUGUAUGUAUAAACUAAGUAGAUCUAAUAAAGUAGCCACUGAAUGAAUUAUAUACAA